UACACGUAUUGAAGGAACGUGAAAAAAUGCUUCAAGAACAUCUCAAAAUUUUUGGCUUAAGUCAACCAGAUUCUUUGGAAUUGGUAGAACUCGAGGAAAACUUAGCGAUCAUCGAGAUUGUUUGGAAACUGACCGCCGAGUGGAACGAAGCAUGGAAUCGUUACAAGAACGAGCAAUUUUGGAAGAUAGAAAUAGAAGAGAUGGACACAGUUGCGAACGCCCUAUUUCGAAAACUCACAAGACUCUGCAGAGAGCUUAAGGAGAGAAACUGGGAGAUCGUUGAGCACACGAGAUCUAGAGUCGAUAAAUUUCGUCGUACAUUGCCACUGAUAACCGAUUUAAAGAAUCAUGCUAUGAGAUCACGUCAUUGGAGACAAGUUAAGGACAUCUUAUCAAGAGAAUUCGACGAGACGUCCGAAGAUUUUACUCUCGACGCCAUUGCCGACAUGCAGAUGCAAAAUUUCUCUGAACAGAUCGCCGAAAUCUCAAACACUGCAACGAUGGAACUUGAAAUAGAAUUGGGAUUGCAGCGUAUCAGCGCUGUUUGGAAAGUAAUGACAAUAGAGAUGACACCGUACAAGACCAAAGGUAUCUAUAAAUUGGAAAGUAUAGACGACGUAGUAGAAGCGCUGGAGGAUCAUCAAGUUCUUUUGUCUUCGAUGAAAUCGACAAGAUUUGUCGAGCCAUUCGCAGCGGAAGUCGACUAUUGGGAACGGGCUCUCUCUACUGUGGGGGAGGUUCUCGAGAUGGUGCUCAGCGUUCAAAGAAGCUAUUUCUAUAUGGACAAUAUAUUCUCGAGCGAAGACAUUAGAAAACAACUUCCAAAAGAAAGCCACGACUACGACAAGUUGACACUAUCCUGGGUGCAAAUCACGUCCCGCAUGGCGGGCCACAGAUUGGCUUUACCGGCCACUCACGUUCCGCCCGGCUUGCUCGAAGUUCUGAAUAAACUCAAUGAGAACUUGGAGACACUGCAACGUGCUCUAGAACAAUAUCUCGAGACUAAACGAUACGUAUUUCCAAGAUUCUACUUCAUUUCGAACGAUGAUUUACUUGAGAUACUUGCAAACUCAAGGAAACCGGAACUUAUACAGCCUCAUAUCAAGAAGCUUUUCGAAAAUAUAAAAUUUUUAACACUGUUCAAGUCAUUAACAGGUAAACUAUUAGCCACUGCCAUGAAUUCCAGUGACGGUGAAUAUGUUCAAUUCCUUAAUCCAGUUGUCUUAGAAGGUCAAGUCGAAAACUGGCUAUGUAAUAUAGAGGAAGCGAUGAGAGAGAGUUUGCACGAGUUGUUGAAGCGUUGCAGAGAGGCGCUGCGAAAAAUGCUCGCAAAACGCGACAGGUGGGUGAAAGAGUGGCCGAGCCAGCCAGGAAUUACGUCCACUCAAAUCCAAUGGACGACCGACUGCACCAGAACACUCAUGCACUGCAAAUUGGUGGACUCGAAGAAACCAUUGAGACGAUCAAAAAAGAAACAAAAUCAGGCAUUGGCCAAAUACUCGGAGGCAAUAAGAAGUGAUCUGAGUAAUUUAGACCGUCUUAAAUUCAAGGCAAUCGUUGUAAUCGAAAUCCAUGCGAGAGACGUUAUAGAAAGAAUGUACAAGAACAAUUGCAAGGACGUUGCCGCCUUCGAGUGGUUAUCUCAACUAAGAUUCUACUGGGAAAAAGACAUCGACAAUUGCAUUGUACGCCAAACGAAUACUCAUUUUAUAUACGGAUACGAGUAUCUAGGAAAUUCGGGACGUCUCGUGAUAACGCCAUUGACUGAUCGAUGUUACAUUACUCUGACGACGGCGCUUCAUUUGUAUCGAGGGGGAAGCCCUAAGGGCCCAGCUGGAACAGGGAAAACCGAGACAGUUAAGGAUCUUGGAAAGGCAUUGGGAUUCAACGUGAUCGUGCAGAAUUGCUCAGAAGGGCUAGAUUACAUAAGCAUGGGAAGGAUGUUCUCGGGUUUAGCUCAGACAGGUGCUUGGGGUUGUUUCGAUGAAUUUAACAGAAUCAAUAUCGAAGUAUUAUCCGUCGUGGCGCAACAGAUAUUAUCGAUACUAACCGCAGUCUCUCAGAAACUUCAGAGAUUCGUUUUCGAGAGCAAAGAGAUAAGGUUGAUUAGUACCUGUGGUAUCUUCAUCACGAUGAAUCCCGGGUACGCGGGUCGUACAGAACUUCCAGAUAAUUUGAAAUCCAUGUUCAGACCGAUCUCGAUGAUGGUACCAGACAGCAGCAUGAUCGCCGAGAUCAAUUUAUUUGGAGAAGGAUUUCAGGAAACUCGCGUACUUGCUCGGAAGGUCUUUACCUUGUAUACCUUGGCACAACAACAAUUGAGCAAACAGUAUCACUAUGAUUUUGGAUUAAGAGGUAUAGUGACUUUGACUCGAUACGCCGGCUGGAAGAAACGUCUUCAUCCGAAUUUAGCUGACGACGAGGUGAUCAUUCUUGCGAUGAAAGACAUGAACGUGGCGAAACUUACGUCCAACGAUCUGCCUCUCUUCCUUGGAAUCACCACCGAUCUAUUUCCUACCGUAGACGUGCCAACCGUAGAUUACGAGGAAAUCAUUGGUUAUAUUACUAAAGAGGCUAUCAAGUUAAAGCUACAACCGAUUCCUUUGAUAAUCACAAAAGUGAUUCAACUUUACGAGACGAAAAAUUCGAGACAUUCGACGAUGAUUGUCGGUGAAUCGAACACUGCGAAGACGGUCACAUGGAAAAUAUUGCAAAAUACGAUGAGCGGAAUGAAAAACGAUGAAAAACCGGGUUACAACGCCGUUCAUGUCUAUCCAAUUAAUCCUAAAGCAUUGAACCUCAGCGAGCUCUAUGGCGAAUACAAUCUCUCGACCGGCGAGUGGCUUGAUGGAGUAAUAUCGUCGAUCAUGCGGAAGACCUGCUCCAGCGAGUCGCCCGACGAAAAGUGGAUUCUCUUUGACGGGCCUGUCGAUGCCGUGUGGAUCGAAAAUAUGAACAGUGUUAUGGACGAUAACAAAAUCUUGACGCUGAUCAAUAACGAGCGAAUCACGAUGCCGAAACAAGUGUCCUUGUUGUUCGAGGUUCAGGAUCUCUGUGUUGCCUCUCCUGCCACCGUUUCUAGGGCAGGUAUGGUUUAUAACGAUUACAAGGAUCUUGGUUGGCGUCCUCUCGUUAAAUCUUGGUUACAGAACCACGAGAAGGAACCUAUGAAAGAACUCUUCGAUCGUUUCGUCGACAUAACGUUGGAAUUUAAGCAUCACAAGUGCGAGGAACUCGUGCCAGUUCCUGAAUUAAAUUCCAUUCAGUCCCUCUGUAAGCUUCUCGAUGUGCUCGCCAGACCCAAGACCAGCGCCGAAGUUGGCAACGACGAAGAGGCGUUCUCCACCAUUUGCAAGAUCUGGUUUCUCUUCUGCAUGAUAUGGUCACUGUGUGCCUCAGUUGAUGAAGAGGGCCGUCAAAAGAUGGACAAUUUCAUAAGAGAAUUAGAAGGAUCAUUUCCCUUGAGAGAUACCAUCUACGAAUAUUACGUAGACGUGCGUCAGCGUAGUUUCGUUUCGUGGGAAGAAAAAUUAUCUCAUGCCUGGAGGUUUCAACCGGGGACACCAUUUCACAAUAUAAUUGUACCGACGGUGGACACUGUUCGCUACAAUUACAUCGUAAGCAAUCUGUUAAUCAAUGGUUAUCCCGUCCUUCUGGUUGGUCCUGUAGGCACUGGAAAAAGCUCAAUUGCACGAUCAGCUUUAGAAUCCAUGGAUAAUAUCAAAUAUGGAUUACUCGUUAUAAAUAUGUCUGCUCAAACAACAUCGAAUAACGUUCAGGAAGCUAUUGAGAGCAGACUGGAGAAACGCACGAAAGCGGUUUACAUUCCCAUUGGCAAUAAAACGAUGAUAACUUUUAUGGACGACUUUAACAUGCCGAUGAAAGAGACGUACGGAGCACAGCCACCAUUGGAACUGAUCCGUCAGUGGAUCGACUAUGGAUUCUGGUACGAUCGACAGAAUCAACAGAAAAAAUAUAUACAAAAGAUACAAUUAAUAGCAGCAAUGGGUCCACCUGGUGGUGGUCGUAACAUAAUCUCGAAUCGAUUACUUACGAGAUUUAAUAUCAUUAAUAUGACGUUUCCCAGUGAAAAACAGAUCAUUCGAAUAUACGGGACGAUGCUUAAUCAACAAAUCGCAGACUUUUCUUCGGAAGUGAAAGGAAUUGCCGAUACAAUAACGCUUGCCACUAUAACUUUAUAUAAUCGCGUUGUCUUAAAAAUGUUACCAACACCCGCCAAGAUGCAUUAUAUUUUCAAUUUGCGUGAUAUAUCGAAGAUAUUCCAAGGAUUGCUUCGAAGUCACAAGGAUCAUCAAUAUUCGAUUCAUACAUUUCUACGUUUGUGGAUGCAUGAAACUUAUCGUGUUUUUUGCGAUCGUUUCAUCGACGAGAAAGAUACGGAAUGGUUCCUUGGACAGAUAGGUGAAUUACUUGGUAAAUAUUUCGAGCUAACAAUAACAAGCGUAUGUCCGGAUAAAACGAUUCCUCUUUUCGGUAACUUUAUGAAUGCCUGGAACAUAUACGAGGAUCUCGUGGAUAUCGCCGCCGUGAGACGCCAUAUAGAGGAACAAAUGGACGAAUAUAACGCUUCUACUGGUGUAGUACGCCUCGAUCUCAUUCUUUUUCAGGACGCGGUCGAGCAUAUAUGCCGCAUUGUCCGUGUGAUAUCUCAGCCCCGAGGCAACAUGUUACUAGUUGGUAUAGGAGGUAGUGGCAGACAAUCAGUAUCCCGUAUCGCAGCUUACAUGUGCGAGUUGACCACCUUUCAAAUCGCCGUUACGAAGCAAUACAGAGUGAUGGAAUUCCGCGAGGACCUGAAAAAGCUUUACUCGACGGCAGGAGUUGAGAAUAAGCCGACUAGUUUUCUCUUCAAUGAUACCCAAGUGGCGGAGGAACAGUUUCUCGAGAUAGUUAACAAUAUGCUGAGCACCGGUGAAGUAGCCAAUCUCUACAAAACCGAUGAAAUGGAAGACAUUAAAAAUCGUUUAAUGAAAGAAGCUACGAAGAUCGGCAUAAUACCAACGGUAGAAUCGAUCUAUUCCUUCCUGAUCGAAAGGGUUCGCGCCAAUAUGCACGUGAUAUUGUGCAUGAGUCCGAUCGGGGACGCCUUCAGGAACAGAUUACGGCAAUACCCAUCCCUGAUCAAUUGCACGACCAUCGAUUGGUUUCUGGAAUGGCCGAAGGAAGCUCUUCUCGAAGUUGGCAACAAGUUCCUCAUGAAUCUCAAUUUACCAUUACAAGAAAGAAUGCGGAAUGGAAUCGCAUCAACAUUUGCUUCGAUACAUAGCAUGGUCUCGCGAUUUUCCGUUCGUAUGGCGAACGAAAUGAAACGAUAUAAUUACGUCACGCCUACGAACUUUCUUGAAUUAGUCUUUGGUUACAAAGAUAUGAUGAAUAAAAAGAGACAGAAUUUGGCCGAUCAGGCGAAUAAACUUCGCGGUGGGAUCUUUAAGAUCGACGAUACUCAGGCAAAGGUCAAUGAAAUGGCCGCUGAGUUGGAGAUAACGCAAGAACAGGUGCAGACAUCUACUAGAGAAUGCGAGGAAUUCUUGGUAACGAUAGUGAAUCAACGUCGUGACGCCGAUGAUGCUCAAAAAAUGGUUACAGCAAAAUCACUUCGAAUUGCCGAAGAACAGAAAGAAUGCAAGAAGCUAGAAGAGAUAGCACGUGCCGAUUUGGCUACUGUCGAGCCAGCUUUGAAUGAAGCUAUGAAAGCGUUGGAAGCGUUGAACAAGAAAGAUCUGGCGGAAAUAAAGUCCUUCGCUCGACCACCACCAAAGGUUGAAAUGGUAAUGGAGGCAGUUAUGAUUCUAAAGAACUCAGAACCAACCUGGGCGGAAUCCAAACGUCAGCUGGGAGACGUGAACUUCAUUAACACCCUACGCGAUUUCAACAAGGAUCAUAUAUCGGAUAGAGUAUUGAGAGCUAUUGGAAAAUAUACGACCAAUCCGGAAUUCGAUCCUAUAAAAGUAGGCGUUGUCUCGGUCGCCGCCAAGUCGCUUUGCAUGUGGGUCAUAGCCAUGGAAAAAUAUGGAAAGCUCUAUAGGAUCGUAGCACCGAAAAGAGAGAAACUCGAGGCCGCCUUGGAAUCUUUGCGGCAAAAGGAAGCUGCUUUGACGGAAGCUACGAUGCAACUGCAAAAGAUACAGGAGGAUCUCGAAACGUUGCAGAAAAUGUACGACGCGAAGAUGAAAGAAAAGCAGGAUUUAAUCAAAAUGGCAGAGUUGUUGAAGGUUAAAUUAGAUCGCGCGGCUAUGCUGGUCGAAGGUCUGUCAGGAGAAAGGAUUCGAUGGUUGGAAACGGUAGAAUCAUUGGGAGAAUUCUUCGACUGGUUACCCGGUGACUGUCUAAUAUCAACGGCCUUCGUGUCUUACUUGGGACCUUUCGUGUCGAAUUACAGGGACGAACUAUUCACGAUUUGGAUGAAAGAGGUAAACGAGAAGGAAAUCCCGAUGUCGCCUAAACUCGACGUGAAGGAAUUUCUAGCUGAUCCCACGACGAUCAGAGAGUGGAACAUUCAGGGAUUACCUUCGGAUGGAUUUAGUACCGAGAACGGUAUCAUCGUGACGAGAGGCACUAGAUGGCCACUCGUAAUCGAUCCGCAAUGUCAAGCGGUGAAGUGGAUCAAGAACAUGGAGGCAAAGAAUGCUCUGCGAGUAAUCGAUUUUGGCCAAGCGGACUUUAUGAGAGUUUUGGAACAAGCACUGCAGUUUGGCUGGCCGGUUUUGCUCGAGAACGUUGGGGAAACUCUCGAUCCAGCCCUGAAUCCGAUUCUGGAAAGAGCUUUUAUCAAAUCAGGUGAUCAAUUGAUGAUCAAGUUUAACGACAAGAUGAUCACUUUCAAUGCCAAAUUUCGACUGUUCAUCACAACGAAACUUUCGAACCCCCAUUACGCUCCGGAGAUAUCCACUAAAACGACGUUAUGCAACUUCGCCAUUAAGGAACAAGGAUUAGAGGCACAACUCUUGGGAAUCGUGGUCAGGAAAGAGAAGCCGCAACUUGAAGAACAAAAGGACAGUCUCGUCCUCACGAUCGCAUCCGGCAAGCGGACGUUGAAGGAACUGGAGGAUAGAAUUCUCUAUCUGCUAAGCGAGGCUGGACCUAACCUUCUCGACGAUCUGGACCUUCUCAACACUCUACAAACGUCUAAGGCUACAUCGAUAUCCAUAGCUGAAUCGUUAGUGACGUCAGAAGAAACCGAACGAGAGAUAGACAUAGCGAGGGAAGAUUAUCGACCAUGUUCUCGACGAGCUUCGAUACUUUUCUUCGUUCUCACAGAUAUGAGUCUGAUCGAUCCAAUGUAUCAAUUUUCUCUUGACUCAUACAUCGCCCUGUUCAUGUUGUCCAUUGACAAAAGUCCAAAGAGCACAAAACUUGUCGAUAGAAUUGAGAGACUUAAUGAUUAUCAUACUUACGCUCUAUACAAAAAUACCUGUCGAGGAUUAUUCGAAAAACACAAAUUAUUAUUUUCCUUCAAUAUGUGCGUUAAAAUAUUAAACGCUGAAGGAAGAAUAAUCUCUUGGGAAUAUGCGUUUCUUCUUAGAGGUGGGAUCGUUCUGGAUCGAGAGAAUCAACCGGACAAGCCUGUACCUUGGUUGCCUCCGGAAACUUGGGACAAUAUAACGGAACUCGACAAACUUCCAGGAUUUCACGGUUUGAUUUCGUCCUUCGAACAAUACUCGCGGGAUUGGCACAAUUGGUAUAUUAGUACAGAACCGGAAAAUAUUUCACUCGUUGGCGAAUUGGAAGAGGGCUGUACAGCAUUUCAAAGAAUGAUGAUUAUACGUAGUUGUCGACCCGACAGAAUGUCUUCCGCAAUUGCAAACUUUAUCAUACGAAACGUGGAUCAGAAAUUUGUCGAACCACCGGUACUCGACUUAAAAGCAGUCUUGGAAGAUUCCAUUGCUCAGACACCCUUGAUUUUUGUCCUUUCACCCGGUGUAGAUCCCACGAGCAUAUUAAUGCAACUCGCAGAAAGCCAGCAAAUGAUGGACAAAUUUAUGAGUCUAUCCUUGGGUCAAGGACAGGCACCUGUAGCAACUAAAAUGAUACAAAUUGGUGCAAAAAAGGGAUUAUGGGUUUUCCUAGCGAAUUGCCACUUAUCACUCAGCUGGAUGCCGAAAUUGGACAAGAUCGUCGAGACCCUUAUCAAUAACAAAGCUUUGAAUCCGAACUUUAGAUUAUGGCUUAGUUCGAGUCCAACUCCUGAGUUUCCGAUAUCGAUCCUCCAAGCUGGGAUAAAAAUGACGACGGAACCACCUAAAGGAUUGAAAGCCAAUAUGAAGCGACUGUAUAGCCUCGUUACAGAGGCCCAAUUCGACGUGUGUCAAGCGAAAUCCAAGUAUAAGAAGCUCCUCUUCGUUCUUGUCUUCUUUCAUUCGAUUCUCCUUGAACGAAAGAAGUUCCAGCAGCUUGGUUGGAAUGUCAUUUACAGCUUCAACGAUUCCGACUUCGAGGUAUCGGAGAAUCUUCUUCAGGUGUAUUUGGACGAAUACCCAGAUACACCUUGGGAAUCCUUGAAAUAUCUUAUUGCUGGUGUUUGUUACGGCGGUCACGUGACCGAUGACUGGGAUCGUCGGUUGUUGAUGACAUAUGUCCAACAAUAUUUCACUGACGAAGUUCUGACUAUCCCUUAUUAUCGUUUGUCAUCACUCUCGACAUAUUACGUACCACGAGACGGCUCCUUAGAAUUCUAUCGUGACAUUAUCAUGACGUUACCGACCGUCGAUAGACCAGAAGCAUUUGGACAACAUCCUAACGCAGAUAUAACCAGUCUCAUUAUGGAAACGAGAAAUAUAUGCAAAACCUUAAUGAGUCUUCAAGUUCAAGCGAUUACCAGCGAAGAGGAAACGAACAAGGAGGAGAAGGUGAUACAAUUAACCAUGGAUGUUAUAUCAAAAAUACCAAAGAACAUAGAUUAUGAAACAAUCGAUAGAUUGAUAGGGCCGAUCAAGAAACCUCUUGAUGUCGUACUUCUUCAAGAAAUAGGUCGCUAUAAUGUACUCUUAACGAAAACUCGAAACAGUUUGAAUGAGUUACAACGUGGUAUACGCGGUUUGGUCUUAAUGUCGUCCGACUUGGAAGAGAUUUUUACAUGCAUAUACGAAGGCAGAGUUCCCUCCCUUUGGCUGACCGCUUAUCCAUCCUUGAAGCUUCUCGGAGCUUGGACCAGAGAUUUGAUCAGCCGCAUUGAGCAUUUCGCUACUUGGGCUGAGACCACACAUCCGCCUGUGCUCUUCUGGCUAGCCGCGUUUACGUUUCCAACAGGUUUCCUCACAGCCGUAUUGCAAACUUCGGCAAGAAUGUGGAAUAUAUCGAUUGAUUCGUUAACUUGGGAAUUCAUAGUUCAGACGAUCGAUGAUUCUGCCAUCAUCGAAUCACCUACGGAUGGAGUGUACGUGCGAUCAAUGUUCUUGGAGGGAGCAGGAUGGGACAAGAAAAAUGCGACACUCGUCGAACCAGCACCGAUGCAGCUUGUUUACGACAUGCCCGUGAUACACUUUAAACCUACCGAACGUUUCAGAAAAACUAAAGGAUUAUACAAUUGUCCGACGUAUUAUUAUCCUCAAAGAUCUGGCGAUCAAAAUCGUCCCGCUUUCGUCGUGACUGUCGAUUUAAAAACUGGAUCGGAGGUUGCUGAUUUAUGGGUGACACGUGGUACAGCUCUUCUUCUCAGUCUGGCCGUUUAAUUUUGUUCGAUUUCU